AUGUGUGGCCGGUUCCUGAGGCGGCUGGUGGUGGAGGAGAGCCGGCACUCCACCCCCGUGGGGCGCCUCCUGCUUCCCGUGCUCCUGGGGUUCCGCCUCGUGCUGCUGGCCGCCAGUGGGAGGGGGGUCUACGGCGACGAGCAGAGCGAGUUCGUGUGUCACACGCAGCAGCUGGGCUGCAAGGCUGCCUGCUACGAUGCCUUCCACCCUCUCUCCCCGCUGCGCUUCUGGGCCUUCCAGGUCACCCUGGUGGCUGUACCCAGUGCCCUCUACAUGGGUUUCACUCUGUAUCAUGUGAUCUGGCACUAGGAGGAAUCUGAAAAGGUGAAGAAGGAAGAGGAGACCCUGAUCCGCCAAGGGGAGAAAAGCAGAGAUGCCUUGGGGGCUGGAAGCCCCAGGGUGCUCUGGGCCUAUGUGGCACAGCUGGGGGUGCGACUGGCCCUUGAAGGGGCAGCCUUGGGGGGGCAGUACCAUCUGUACGGGUUCAAGAUGCCCAGCUCCUUUGCGUGUCGUCGAGAGCCUUGCCUUGGUAGUAUAAGCUGUAAUCUGUCUCGCCCCUCUGAGAAGACCAUCUUCCUGAAGACCAUGUUUGGGGUCACUGGGCUCUGUCUCUUGUUCACGCUUUUGGAGCUUGUGCUCCUGGGCCUGGGGAGAUGGUGGAAGAUCUGGAAGCACAAAUCUCCCUCUUCUAACUACUUCCCAACUUCAGAGAGCGCCCAAAGACACAAGGAACCGACUGAUAACUUCCCAGUGGUGGAAACAAAAGAACGGUUUGGAGAAGCAGGUGAGAGAGGCACUGAUGUCCCUCUUUCUACCUGUCCCUGA